UGGUCAGCAAAUUUGUAAGAAAACUUUCUGUUUUGCAUUUGCAAUUUCUCAGUCAACGUUGAAAAGAAUGAGUAAGUCUUAUGACAUGUAUGGCCUGAGUGUCAAUGAACAUGGUAAUUGCAAAACAACACCUGCCCAUGCACUUUCAUUCGACGAUACUACAAGAAUAAAAAAAUUCAUUGAAGAAUAUGCAAAUAAAAAUGCAUUACCUUUGCCCGGACGACUGCCUAAUUGUCCAAAGCAGACAGUUUUGCUUCUUCCAUGUGAAAAAAAUGUAACUGACAUUUAUGACUUAUACAUGAAGAGUGCAAAGGAAGCAAACUAUAGAGUUGUGUCUUUAAAAACAUUUAGAAACAAAUGGAAUUCAUUAUGCCCCCACAUUGCAGUAGCUACACCAGCGACAGAUUUGUGUGUAAAAUGUCAAAAAUUCAUGGGCAAAUUAAAAACCAAUGCUCAUCUGUCAGACGAAGAAAGGCACAAUGUACUAAGUGACUAUACAUGUCAUGUUCAAAAGGCCAACCGGCAACGCCAACUUUUCAAGAACCAGGUUCUUUGUAGUAAAGCUGUGUGCAGUACUACAGAUGUCACUGAAGGUGCAGAACCAUGUUCACUAGAUGCCACACUUCACUACUCAUGGGAUUUUGCCCAGUGUGUACACUACCCUCAUCACGCCAUGCAAGUGGGGCCAAUCUACUUUGCGACACCAAGAAAGUGCCAUGUGUUUGGGAUGUGCGCUGAAGGAACAGGAAUACAGAGAUUCUAUAUGAUUGACGAGUCAGAAAUGCCUGGGAAAGGUGGCGAUUGUGUCACAAGUUUGGUGCACCACUAUUUUUCUCACUUUGGCGCUGGAGAAAAACACGCAGAGAUUCACUUUGACAAUGCUGUUGGGCAGAAUAAAAACAACACCAUUCUGGGCUAUUGCAUGUGGAGAGUGUUGACAGGUCUGCAUGAGUCUGUUUCCUUGAGUAUGAUGCUACCGGGACAUACAAACCUCUCAAAAUACUACCACUUUCGUUGCACUGCGGAUGAGCCAGGGGUUCUCAUUUGUCGAGAGUUCUGUGACUCGGAGGAAGUUAGAUUCAAUCUUCUAAAGGCAAGACCCGAGGCAGGCUGCCUUCCAACAGUUAAGGUUAUCCCCCCUCUAGAUCAUCUGAGGCAGUGGUAUCUUUACGAGAAAAUUGCACCGUUCUUUAUCAAUGAAGUUGCCAGAGACAUUGUGUGUCCCAAACCAUCUAUUCCAAAGUAAAAAAUGUGAGAGCUUGUUAUCCUAUUAACAAUUGUUCAUUUUCUCAAAUUGUUGUUCUUGCAUUAUACUUAUGAUAAACUGUUUUCUGAUUAGUAUUCAUGACUAUGACAUUUACAUGGUAUUGUUAUUUGUAAGACAAUUAGCUGAUUAUCUUAUUAAUAGUGUGUUUCUUUUAUUGAAAGUGACAUAGCAAUCAAUAAUCAAAAAUAGUUUAUGGGCAUAUAUAACCUGAACUGAGAUUUAUAAUUAAUUAACAACUCAAUCAUAGUGAUUUCACUAUAAAAUAUUCUGUACAGUAUGAUUAUUACAUUGUAUAAUAUGACUGGCAUGUGUUCAAAGAUAACUUAAACUGUUGUAGUUUGUAUUGACAUCAAAAUGUGUGAUGUAAACAUAUGUGUUCAUAUUAUGUAUCUAUUAUAUUUUACAAGUAAACGAACAUAUUUUGUUGUGUAAAGUUUAAUCUAUGGUGACGUUUACCAUUGAAUAUUGAUGUGCUUAUUGCUGUAAUUUUCUUUUAUUUGAAAAUCAUGUUUUUGGACCUCUAUAUAUGAAAUGGGUUGAUAAUAUUUUCUAUCUACACUUAUGGUCAAUUUCAUUGUUGAUAACAGGUACAAAUGAAAUUGAUAAUUUACUGUUUCCAUAGCAACUGUUAACUUAAUUUAAAAAAAUCUAAUUAAUUGUGUAUCAAUCUUUGAAUAAAAUACAAUUGCUAAAUAAACCAUGUAUGGCAGUAUAGAUGCUUAACAAAAAUUCAAAAUGUCAGUUUUUUUUUCAUUUUAGUUUCAAGUUCGUUGCUAUACAAUAUGUUCAAUUUCUGAAUACACCCCUAUUUUCAGAAAAUGUUCAUACAUUGAUUUUACUAUAAACAUGUUGGUAAUGUUUAAUAUCUGUCCAGAAGAUAUUUUGUUGAUGUGUUGUUAUUCUGUGUCUUAAAUUCUUUAAAAUGACAAUACAUUUGAAAAAAGAA